CUGCACUCCGUCGGCCGGUGGGUUCAAUCUUUGGAGCCUUGAUAAAAGACGAGAAAAAAAGAAAAAAAAACAGCAGGACCGUAGCAGACAAAAGCCUCCCGUGCAGGACGGAAGUGGAACGGAAUCCGGUUUGUUUUCUUUCUCUCGCCGGACUUUUGAGGGGGAAGGCGAGCGGUGCGUGUGCAGCCGGAGCGGAGGGUCGCGCCGACUUCCCGUGAGCCCCGACAGCCGCUCGGCGGCAGCCAUCCGACGGCAUGACCACCCGCGCACGGAGCUCCGUCCUCCUCCUCCUCCUCCCCGCCGCCGUCAGCCUGCAGCUCCUGCUGCUCUCCGCCCGCGUGCAGGUGUCUUCAGCCACGGGACACUUUGAGCUGCAGAUCCUGUCGAUGCACAACGCCGAGGGGCGGCUGCAGAGCGGCGCCUGCUGCGACGCCCCCCCCCGGGACGCCGCCCCCGCCGCCGACCGGCGCUGCUCGCCGGGCCACCAGUGCGACACCUACUUCCGGCUGUGCCUGAAGGAGUACCAGCUGAAGGUGUCCUCGGCCGGGCCCUGCAGCUUUGGCGCCGCCUCCACGCCGGUGCUGGGCGGGAACACCUUCUCCCUGCGGGACGGCGAGGGCGCCGCGGCCACCGUGGCGCUGGCCUUCAGCUUCGCCUGGCCGAGGUCGUACACGUUGAUCGUGGAAGCCUUGGACUUCAACAACGACUCGUCCUCCGGCAGCCCCGGCGGGGCGCUGAUCGAGCGGGCCGUCCACUCGGGGAUGAUCAACCCCGGCCGGCGGUGGCAGAGCCUGAAGCACGACGGCCCCGUGGCCCAGUUCCGCUUCCAGGUGCGCCUCGGCUGCGACGAGCACUACUACGGCUUCGGCUGCAACAAGUUCUGCCGCCCGCGGGACGACUUCUUCGGCCACCACGAGUGCGACCGCAACGGCAACAAGACGUGCCUGGAGGGCUGGGCCGGCCCGGACUGCAACACCGCGAUCUGCAGGCAGGGCUGCAGCGCGGCGCACGGGAACUGCAGAGCUCCUGGAGAGUGCAGGUGUCUGUACGGCUGGCAGGGCGAGUUCUGCGAUCAGUGCAUCCCGCACCCGGGCUGCGUGCACGGCGGCUGCGUGGAGCCGUGGCAGUGCCUCUGCGACACCAACUACGGGGGACAGCUGUGCGACAAAGAUCUGAACACGUGUGCGACGCUGCAGCCGUGCGUGAACGGAGGGACCUGCAGCAACACGGGACCCGACAAAUACCACUGCUCCUGCCCCGAAGGCUUCUCGGGGGUCAGCUGUCAGAAAGCGGACCACGCCUGUCUGUCCAACCCCUGCCGGAGCGGAGGAAGCUGUGUGGAGACCAGUCAGGGCUUCGAGUGUCUCUGUGCCCCCGGCUGGACCGGACCCUCCUGCUCCGACAACGUGGACGAGUGCCUGGAGAACCCCUGCAGCCACGGAGGGACCUGCGAGGACCUGGUGAACGGCUUCAGGUGCACGUGUCCGCCUCAGUGGACCGGCAGGACCUGCCUCAUCGACGCCAACGAAUGUGACGAGGACCCGUGCGUCAACGCCAACGCCUGCCGCAACCUGAUCGGAGGCUACUUCUGCGAGUGCGUCCCGGGCUGGACGGGCCGCAACUGUGACACCAACGUCAACGACUGUCGAGGUCAGUGUCGGAACGGAGCGACGUGCGAGGACCUGCUGAGCGCUUACCGAUGCGCGUGCGCGCCGGGUUUCGCGGGCGAGCACUGCGAGGAGGACGUGGGCGAGUGCGCCAGCGGGCCGUGCCUCAACGGGGGGCGUUGCCACGACGACGACGGCGGCGGCUUCCAGUGCCUGUGUCCGCCCGGCUUCUCCGGGAGUCGCUGCCAGCUGGACAUCGAUUACUGCCUCCCCCGCCCCUGUCAGAACGGCGGCCGCUGUUUCAACGCGGCGGCCGACUACGUCUGCAGAUGCCCCGACGACUUCGAGGGGAGGGACUGCUCGCGCCUGAAGGACCACUGCCGCACGGCGCCCUGCAAAGUCAUUGACAGCUGCACCGUGGCGGUGGCGUCCAACAGCACGCCGGGCGGGGUGCGUUUGAUUUCGUCCAACGUGUGCGGCCCCCACGGGAGGUGUCGGAGUCGCGCCGGCGGGCAGUUCAGCUGCGAGUGUGAGGAAGGCUUCUCCGGGACGUACUGCCACGAGAACAUCAACGACUGUGAGAGCGCCCCCUGUCUGCACGGAGGGACGUGCAUCGAUGAAGUCAGUCAGUAUCGGUGCGUCUGCGCCGACGGCUGGGACGGACCUACCUGCCAGAACAACAUCGACGACUGUAGCUCCGCCCCCUGCCGGAACCACGGCGUCUGUCGCGAUCUGGUCAACGACUUCUACUGCGAGUGCAGCGGCGGCUGGAAGGGGAAGACCUGCCGCUCAAGGGAGUUCCAGUGCGACGAGGCCACCUGCAACGGCGGAGGGACCUGCUUCGACGAAGGAGAUGCCUUCAAGUGUGUGUGUGCCGCCGGCUGGGAGGGCGCCACCUGCAACGUCGCGAGGAACAGCAGCUGCGCGCCGAGUCCGUGCGAGAACGGAGGAACGUGCGUGUCGGACGGAGGCUCGUUCAGCUGCCUCUGCAAGGAGGGCUGGGAGGGCGCCACCUGCAGCCACAAUGCCAACGACUGCAGCCCCCAUCCCUGUUACAACAGCGGUACCUGCGUGGACGGAGACAACUGGUACCGCUGCGAAUGCGCCGCGGGGUUCGCCGGUCCAGACUGCAGGAUCAACGUCAACGAGUGCCAGUCGUCGCCCUGCUCCUUCGGCGCCACCUGCGUGGAUGAAAUCAACGCUUUCCGCUGCGUCUGUCCGCCGGGGAGGACCGGCCCGCGCUGCCAAGAAGCGGCGGGGAGGCCCUGUGUGGUCGGAGGGCUGGUGGCGCCCGACGGAAGCCGAUGGGGCGAAGACUGCAACAAGUGCCGCUGCCACAGCGGGAGGAUCGUCUGCACGGAGGUGGAGUGCACUGGCCCCGCCCACCCGGCCCCGCCCCCGCCCCCGGCCAGGUGUCACUCGGAGAGCAGCUGCGCCAACGUCACCUUCACCUUCGGCAAGGACAUCGGGGCGAUGGGCGUCACGGUGGAGCAGGUGUGCCGCGAGCUCCGCAGCCUCCACGUGGUCCGGAAUCUGUCCUCCGUCUCCUCCGUCUCCUCCGUCUCCGUCACCUGCGAGCCGUCCCUCAGCACCAACAAGGAGAUCCACGUGGUCAUCUCGGCGGACGACCGGUCCGGAGGUCCGACCGCGGUCGAGGAAAUCACCGACGGCAUCGUGGACCUGGUGAGCAAGCGGAGCGCCGACGGCACCGCCAUCGGCGCCGUGGCGGAGGUCCGGAUCCAGAGGAGGCCGAGCGGCGACCCCGACGCGGACCGCCUGGUGCCCCUGCUGGUGUCCGGCGUGGUCGUCGUCUGGGCGCUGGCCAUCGCCCUGACGCUGCUGUGGCUCGCGAGGAGGAGGCGGAGGAGGAAGCGGAGCUCGCCCGCGGGGGUCGGCGCCCAGGCGGCGGGGGCGGGGGCCGCGGCGGCGUCGUCUCCGGUUGCCGAGGACAACAACGCCCUGCACAACAGUGUCAGCACCGCCCGCGAGCAGCUCAACCACAUAAAGAACCCCAUCGUGAAGAACACCGCCAACCACCAACAACAACACCAACACCAUCAACACCACCCGCUUCUCCAUCACCGCCUCUGCGAAGACAAGAACGCCGUCAACGCCAAGAUCGGGAGGACGGACGCUGGGAGCCAAUCGGAGGAGGACGAGAUGGACAAAAGGCUGCAGAAGGCGAGGUUCCCCCGGGCGACGCCCACGUACUCGCUGGUGGACUGGGAAGAAACCCCCCACCAGAACCACCAACAGAACCACCCCCCCCACCACCGGACUAGCAAACAGGACAACAGGCAUCAGAGCGUAAACAGGAUGGAGUUCAUCGUAUAGCCAACGGGGCUCAGAGGGACCACCGGGACCAGGACCACCGGGACCAGGACCAGGACCACAGAGACCGGCCCCCCCCCUCGGCCUGGAAGACUUUUGCUCAUUUGUCUUUUUUGAAGAUGUUGUUCUUUUGUCUCAAACUGGAUUUUUGACGUUUAAUUUAUGACGCCCUGGACGGGCACAAAAUGUACCUUUUUGAUUGGAUGAUGAGUUUUGCAUUUGGACGUCUCUGGAGCACCCGACCCGUUUGGGAGAAGAAUCUAUUUAUUUUAUCAUUUCUUUGGAGGUAUUUGAGUCGAUAUGAAGAAGCGUCCGUGUAGAAUGUUUCUGUAUAGAAGUGUAAAUACUUUUUAAUUAAUCAUUGUGUAUAUUUGAUUUAUUAACUUAAAGCCUGAAGGUUUUCCUUUUGUUUAAUUUAUGAGGCAAACGUUUAACUCAGAAUUUAUUGAUGGACUGGAUUUUUUUUUUUUUUUUUUUAAACGCCAAAAGUGCUCUUGAUGAUUUGGUUUUUUUUUUUGGGGGGGGGGGGUUGUUUGCCUUUUGGAUUUAUUUGUUUUGGGUUUCCAUCUAAAUGUUUUGUACAUUGUCUGUUUGAUGUCAUUUUGUCAUGUUUGCCAUGAUGUUCUGUUGUGAGUACAAGAUGUA